CAGGUGGUGGUAACGCAGCUGUUUGCACCAGAGAAGAUUGCAUCCUCUCUUUCCCACCUAGCAACUGUUCUGCCACGCAUGGGACAGUCUCUUAUAGUGGAUCAUCGUGGUUCACUGUGGGUGUUUGGUGGUUAUUCAUUAUCAAGAGGUCCACUUAAUGACAUUCAGCAGUUUGACACGCACAACAAUAGUAACAUUUGGCAGCAAGUUACUGUUAAUGUACAGCCUGGACGGCAGCCUCCUCCAAGUAGAUAUUUCCAUGCAGCUGCAUAUGUUUCAAAUCAGAGGGAGAUGUAUGUUUAUGGGGGGUUGAAUGAGACCACUUUUUUAAAUGAUUUUUGGAAAUUUAAUAUUGAAUCGGGAAGUUGGAAGGAGUUGAAACCUCAUCCUGAUUUACCACGCCUGGCUGGUCAUUCUCUAACAUAUCGCAGUGAUGCUGAGUCACAAUCAUUAGUGUUGAUUGGAGGAGCCUCAUCAGAUUAUGGAUUUUUGGAAUGUGUCUGGGAAUACAACUUAGCUAGUGGCCAGUGGAGCAAAGUGGAGACAGGUGGUGCCAUACCAGUUGGCAUAUAUGCUCACAGUACAGUCUAUCAUGAGGGGACAAAAACAUUUUAUGUGUAUGGUGGGUAUUCCUUUAAGGUAGAUAAAGUUGACCAUUUUCCAGAUCUUUAUGCACUUGACUACACCCGCAAAAAGUGGUCAGUGCUUCCACCUGAUCGUAGGACAAACCUUAAUCCAGCAUCUCUUCCUGCUCCAAGAACCUUUCAUUCGGCAGUCACAACACAAGAUUAUAUGGUCAUAAUUGGAGGUGACAUUACUGAUCAUUUAGACUCAAACCAGGGGCUCUUAGUGUACUCUUAUAAGUGCAACAUGUGGAUUCCUCUCAAUGAUAAGUUUAUCACACUUGUUGGUCAUGAGAUAACCCCUCAAAUUGGAGCCAGUUCAGCUAUAUAUGGUUCAACAAUAUACUUAUUUGGAGGCUAUUAUGGAACUCUUCAAGGAUCAUUGGUUGAAAUAAAAAUUCCACCUGAUCUCUGUACUCUUAAUACAAACCAAACCCAGUGUCGUGAUGUCAUUGGAUGUGCCAACUGUGUGGUACAUGAAAGUUCCGGUACUAACAUAUCUUAUUGUUACUCUAAUACUGGAGAGGAGCCUAGCACCUGCCGGAAUCCUCGUUAUGGAAAGAGUAGUGUGGUGGGUGUGCGUUGUGAUGCAAGAUUACUGGAAGACCAUGAUUGUUACCAGCACACCUCCUGCACAGAAUGUUUAGCUGAAUGGCCUGCUCACCCACAUUCAGAACAACGUUGCCAGUGGUGUCUCAACUGCUCCAAGGGUAAGUGCAUACCUCGUGAUAGCGAUUGUGCACAAGAAAAUCUUUGCGAUUCUCAAGCAAGAGAUGAUAGUGGGUCUGGACGUUAUAUAAUUACAGAGUCUGAUAAAUGCCACGGGGGUACCUGUGUUGCUUCUGAUUGCGACAAAUGUGGAAGUCUCCGUAAGUGUAUUUGGACACAACAAGUUCUUCGUUCUUCAGAGUUGGGUUACACCCUUCAUGCUAUGCAAAUUUAUAACUGGAAUUGUGUUAAAAGUAUGAUUCAGCGGCACUCAUCACAUGUUGUGGAAUCUUCCCCUCCCAAUCAGUGUCCUGUUCGAUGCCAUUUUCAUACCAGUUGUUAUGACUGUUUAAGUGCUAAGGGAGCUGAAGGUGGCUGGCAGCAAUGCAACUGGUCACCAUCACUAAAAGAAUGCCUUGGACCCAGCUAUAUAGCUUUGCGCUGCUUAGGUGGAACUUGUGGUCGUAUUUUGACAGGUGGAGAAGAAAAAUGCCCACGUCCAUGUGAAAACUUUACACAGUGUUCUCAUUGUUUGAGUCAACCACACUGUGGAUGGUGUGCCAUAGAAACAGAGGUGGGAGGAUUAGGUAAGUGUGUUGAAGGCUUGCUAGAAGGCCCUGACAUUGGCACCUGCCAUGACCUUGACUAUUCUGAUAUUCUCUCCAAUGCCUCUGUCACUGAUCUUCAUCGCCUUCGCCAACAUGCUCGAUUAUAUCCUGAUGCAAGUAGGAAUGUUUUGCCGUCUCUCUCUUGGCAUUAUGAUACUUGCCCUCCAGAGGAUGAGUGUAGAAAUAUGCAUCACACCUGUGAUGACAGAAGUCAGUCAUGUGUAGAUCGUUUUAAGGGAUAUGCGUGUGAAUGUGCUCCUGGGUACAACAUGACGGAAAAUGGAGAUUGUGUUCCACUUUGCUCCCAGGGAUGUGUUUUUGGGGUUUGCAUCGAACCUCAUAAUUGCACAUGUAAUUUUGGCUACGUAGGCACCAACUGCUCAAUUAAAUGUAAUUGCAAUGGUCAUGCAAAUUGUGAAGGUCCAGAUAAAUUAGAAGUAUGCUUGGAAUGUUUUAAUAACACGAUGGGUAAUCAAUGUGAAAAAUGUAAGCCCUUCUUUGUGGGUGAUCCUCGGAACAGUGGGCAGUGUAUAAGUUGUUUUGAAUAUUGUAACAUGCAUGCCAAUAGUUGCAUCCCUCGAGAAGUGGUGGCUAAAUACAACUUGACACUUCCUUUAGUUGCAAUGUCAGACAUGAUAAAUGUAUUAAAAAUAACAGAAGGUGCCAGAACUGAUGCAGUAUGUGUUGCCUGUGCCAACAAUACUACAGGUUCAAAGUGUGAUAGCUGUUUAUCAGGCUAUUUUCGAGGUGUAGAAGAUAUGCGUCAUCCAUGCCGCCCUUGUCAGUGUAAUGGCCAUGGUACAAUCUGUAACCCUGUUUGGGGUACAGAAUGUGAAUGUGGUAAUAAUACAGACACUCAGUGUACAGGCAGUGGCAAGACAAGAGGAGUCAGUACUGAGAAGGAAGAGGAUAAAUAUUGUUGGCAACAACAGUGUGCUAAAUGUAAAGAAUCUUAUUUGGGGAAUCCUAGUAAUGGUCAUCAGUGUUACAGGCAAAUGACUGUAGAAAAAGAAUAUUGUCUAGAUCCUCGUGAUCAGACUGGUUGCGACACAAAACCUGGUACCCUUAGCCAAGGCCAAACAGUGUUUUUUGCUGUUCAGCCAAAGUUCAUGAAUGUGAAUAUUAGAUUAAUUCUAGAUGUAACAAAAGGUGGUGCAGAUGUUUACUUCAGCACCAGGGAAGACACAUUUGUUGUCACAGUUAACCAAACUACAGGCCGACAACAGGUAGAAAUUGACAUUAACUAUCCAAUAGUUGAAGAAACAGGACCCAUUAUGUAUGCUACACCUCUGAAGAGGAAUUUUGUGGGUAGUGGUUUUGAUCUAUAUGAUAUUAGCAGCUAUGCUAUGUCCCCAAUAAAGGAAUCGGUUGCAAAUACAACACAGCCACCACUUUCAGAAUAUCAUCUUAUUAAAAAAGUUGCUGAAGGACUGAAAACAUUUGCAACAGUAUCAAGAUCUAAUGAUAUAUUAAUUGUGAGAAAUGUGACUAACAGAUUAGUAAUCACACUUCCUCAGCAUCAGCAUGAUUUGCGAUCUGCAAAAUUUUAUGUCAUUGUAUAUGGUAUUGGAAAUGAAAAGGCGACAGAUACCUUUGGUUCUAUCUUUUUCCGCCAAGAUCAGCCAAGAAUUGAUCUGUUUGUCUUCUUUUCUGUGUUUUUUUCUUGCUUUUUCUUGUUUCUUGCUGUAUGUGUUGUAGUUUGGAAAAUCAAACAGGGUGUAGACUUAAGACGGGCCAGAAGACGUCAUGUAGUGGAGAUGUUACACAUGGCAAAGCGGCCAUUUGCAAUCACAACAUUAGUGCUGCAUGCAGAAGAUGAAUUUAACCAGGAUGCCCUGGAUAUGCCACCAGACCCUACUCCUUGGUCUCCAGGUAGGCGGAAACGUGCAACCAAAAAGGAUCGGUUUGGAGAUGGCUUUGAUGUUGGCCCUCUAGCAGUUGAGCCAACGGAUGAUGGAGUAGCAGCAGUACUAACUGUAAUGGUUCAGUUGCCUGGUGGAGGCAUUGGCAGUACUAUGUGCCAGGGAGAUGGACCAACUCAUCGUUUGGCUUUGGGUUCUGCUUUGUGCUUAAUGUCUCGCAUCUACCCUCCUGCCUCCAGACCUUUCCAUCUCCGUCGACGUACCUCUCAUAUGGUAGCAUGAAUCUUUUAAGAAAAGCUAAUUUCUUUAGUGAAGGUUUGAUAAUUGCCAAGAUAGUUAUCAAUUAACAGUUCAUAAAAUUUCACUCAUAUAUACAGGUGUCCCUCAUUUUAUGCAUUCUAGGCCUAUGGCAGUUAUACUAAGCUCAGUCUGGCCAUCAACACUUAAUUCUGAAUUGUAAGACUAAUGAUGAUGAUUUUUUUUUUGGGGG